UUGGCUUGGUGACGGCAGUGUGCUCUCCCCAGAGAUUCUGCCACAUCCACCUUGCUCCUUUUCUGCCCUGACGGCUAACCCCUGUGACAACUGAGGAGAUUCGCCCCUUCCAUGAUCUUCUGCCCCCAGGUUCCCUUUCUCAUUUUUGCCCCUCUCAGGGGAACUGAGGAACUGAGGCCAAGGUGUCCUCAACCAGCCAUGGCUGUAAAGGAAACAGGGACCAGAGGACCUGGCCUCCCUUCUGAAUGGGCAUAGAUCCUGCCAGGUUUUUAUUUGUGUUGCCACUGGUAGAACAUUUGUAAAUUUCUGGGAGAAUUUUAACUAGCUCCCAUGGAGCUCCAGUCCCUGACUAAGAGGAACAGCCCAGUGGAGCUGUGCAGUGCUGUGGAGUGGAGCUCAGGAGAAACUCCUGGUGAUCAUGCAGAAGAGGCAGCCAUCAGAGCUGCUCUUUGCUCCACACCGAGGACAUCUGUGGUCGAAGUGUCUAAACGUAGCCCUUCUCCAGCAUCUCCAACCUCCUUGCUCCAAGACAAUGAUAUUCUGACAAGUUUCUUCCCAUCAGGACCUUCUGACUCAAGGAACAACCAAGUAAUGGCAGAUCGUAAAGUUUGCAAUUGUUGCAGCCAGGAACUAGAAACUUCUUUCACUUAUGUGGAUGAGAAUGUCAACUUGGAACAGAGAAGUCAGAGGUCCCCAUCAGCCAAAGGCAAUAAUCACCCUGGAGAUCUUGGAUGGGGAAACCAUAAUGAAUGGUCCCAGGAGGCUCCCAUGUCUUUGAUAUCUGAAGAUGAAGAUGAUACAAGUUCAGAAGCCACAUCUUCAGGAAAGUCCAUAGACUAUGGUUUCAUCAGCGCCAUCUUGUUCUUGGUCACUGGUAUCUUGUUGGUGAUCAUUUCUUACAUUGUCCCACGUGAGGUGACAGUGGAUCCCAACACAGUGGCAGCCCGGGAGAUGGAACGCCUAGAAAAGGAGAGUGCCAGGCUAGGUGCACACCUGGACCGCUGUGUGAUUGCUGGCCUCUGCCUCCUCACACUGGGGGGAGUCGUUCUCUCAUGCUUGCUAAUGAUGUCUAUGUGGAAGGGGGAGCUCUAUCGUCGAAAUAGAUUUGCCUCCUCCAAAGAGUCUGCCAAACUCUAUGGUUCUUUCAACUUCAGGGUGAAGACUAGCACUAAUGAAAACUCCCUUGAACUCUCCCUGGUAGAGGAAGAUGCCCUUGCUGUACAGAGUUAAUUCUGAACUUUGUGAGAGACAGCCAUGUGUUUUAUAUGAAAAAAAUAAGACAACUGUGUACUUCAUUUGUUUGGCAAGAAAAGCUUUUUAGCUUUGUUUUGUUAGCUUUUUGCUUUGUUUUUGUUUUUGUUUUUUCCCCACAAACUAAAAGCUAGUGAGUGUUUUGUCUCCAGGAAUCUUGUAUUAAGAAAGCUUAUGUAAGUUGGAAAAGAAACCAUGGCCAGCUACCCUUGACUUGCUGCAAACUGGAAACUAAUUUGCCUGUAAUGAUCAGGAGUUUCUACUUCUAUAGCAAAAUACUUCCACGGACGAAAUACACAAGAGGUUUUGGGACUCCUGCAUAGUGGGAUCACUUGGUGAUCUAGUCUGUGAAACAUAAGCACUAGUUAGAUAGUAUGGCUUACAUUUAAUUCCCAAAGGUGCUUUUCCAUUUUCUUGUUAAAUUUUCUUCCUGUAAUUUGGCUAAACA